AUCAGAUAUUACCGCUACCUCCUUGCCAUGGUGUACUCAAUUAUGGAAAUAAAUAACUCUUCUGACCUUUUGCCAAAUGUUACAAUGGGCUUCCAGCUCUAUGAUUCAUGUUAUAAUGAAGUACGUUCUUUGAUGGGGACAUCAUGGAUCAUUUCAGGAAAGGAACAAUUUGUGCCAAAUUUUGAAUGUCACCAACAUAUCAUGCCAAGCGCGAUUGUUGGGGACAUGCCUUCCAAAGCCUCAAUGCCAAUUGCCAGGAUUCUGGGACUCUACAGAUACCCUCAGGUCAGCUAUGCCUCAGCUCAUCCCCUUCUGAGUGACAAAACACAAUUCCCAUCCUUCCUAAGAACAAUCUCUAAUGAUAACUAUGAAGUGUUUGCAAUUGCUCGAUUGAUACAGUAUUUUAAUUGGACCUGGGUGGGUAUCAUCACCUCAGAUAAUGAUUUAGGACGAUCGGGUACUCAGCUUUUAACCAAAGAGAUUGAGAGUAAUGGCGGAUGCAUUGCUUUCCAAGAAAUUCUACCCCUCUACACUUCUAUGGAGUCUGUGUAUCGCAUUGUAGACGUCUUAAAGAAAACUAAAGCUACUGCGAUCAUUGUAUAUUCUACAAUGGAAAAUCUCAUUCCACUAAUGGAAGUUGCCUCAUUUAACAACAUCACUGACAAAGUGUGGGUAGGCAGUGGGAGCUGGUCUAUUACAUCUGACUUCCCUAGAAGAGAAACAUUAACAACUUUAAAUGGGAGCCUUGGUCUUGCACCACUAAGUGGGAAAAUUCCAGGAUUCAAGGAAUUCCUUUACAACAUUCAUCCUUCUAAAUAUCCAGAUGAUAUAUACAUAAAGACUUUUUGGGAACUUGCUUUUGGUUGUGUUUGGCCAGCUAAUCAAACAACAGCUUUAAAGGAAGGCUCAGUUUGGUGCACUGGAAAAGAGAGACUGGACAGCAUUGAUACAUCUGUGUAUGAUGUUUACAACUUUAGAUAUACUUACAAAAUCCACAAUGCAGUCUUUGCAAUUGCAAAUGCUUUACACCAGAUGAAUACCUGUGUUCCUGGGCAUGGGCCCUUUAAAAAUGGAUCUUGUGCAGAUAUAUAUAACCAUCAGCCUUGGCAGCUGCUCCACUACAUCAAACAUGUGAAGUUCAACAACCCUGCAGGAGAAACUAUCUUUUUUGAUGAAAAUGGUGAUGUUCCAAUCUAUGUGGAUAUCCUCAAUUGGCAGCUUUUCCCUAAUGGAAGCAAUCAGUAUGUACACAUUGGCAGCUUUGAUGCCGGCUCCAAAAAAGGACAUGAACUUAAGAUUGAGCAGCAAAAUAUUUUAUGGAAUCAAGGACAAACUCAAGUUCCCAUCUCUGUGUGCAGUGACACAUGCCCCAGAGGCCACAGAAGAGCUACACGCCAAGGCCAACAGAUCUGUUGUUUUGAUUGUGUGCCUUGCUCUGAAGGAGAGAUUCUAAAUCCUUUUGAUGACAGUGAAUGUAUCAAGUGCCCGGGAGACAAAUGGCCAAAUACCAGAAAAGAAAUAUGUCUGCCAAAAGUUAUUCAGUUCCUUUCUUAUGAGGAGAUGCUUGGCACCAGUCUUGCUUGUAUAUCAGUUUUGCUCUGCCUUCUCACCUUCUCAGUGUUCUGCCUGUUUAUCGCCAAGCGCAAGACCCCCAUAGUAAAAGCCAAUAACCGAGAGCUCAGCUACCUUCUUCUUAUCUCCCUCAUGUUAUGUUUCCUCUGCUCCCUAGUAUUUAUUGGCCAACCAAACAUGAUAACCUGCAUGAUACGCCAGGUGGUGUUUGGUAUCAUUUUUUCAGUUUGCCUUUCUGUUAUACUGGCUAAGACAAUGACUGUAAUUUUGGUCUUCAGUGCAACAAAUCCUCAUAGCAAGCUUAGGAGGCUGGUGGGUCUUCGUAUACCGAUCUAUAUUGUUCCUUUCUGUACAAUGGUCCAAAUAGCCCUAUGUAUUGCUUGGCUAGCUUCUGCUGCUCCAUUUACUGAGUUUAAUAUGGAAGCAGAAAUAGGAACAAUUGUAAUUGAAUGCAACGAGGGAUCUAAUGCAUUUUUUACUUGUGUCCUUGGAUAUAUGGGCCUCUUAGCUUCUAUUAGCUUGCUAGUUGCCUUUCUGGCCAGGAAGCUCCCUGACACAUUUAAUGAAGCCAAAUUCAUUACAUUCAGUAUGUUGGUAUUUGCUAGCGUUUGGGUGACAUUCAUCCCAGCUUACCUUAGCACCAAGGGCAAACAUAUGGUAGCAGUUGAGAUCUUUGCUAUCAUAUCUUCAAGUGCAGGGCUACUUGUAUGCAUCUUUUUUCCAAAAUGCUAUAUCAUUUUAAUACAUCCUGAAAUGAAUAGCAGGCAAUUUAUAACAGGGAAAAACAACAGAAAAUUGUGA